AUGCUGCAAAAAGUCGAUGCCGCGUUUGGUAUCUAUGACGAGCUCUCGACCGAAAGCAUGUUCCUGCAGUCGGGGGUGAUCGACAAGGUAAACCGUUUUUUUCAGGCCGACGCGCCGGGCCAAAUCUUCUUUGAGCAUCGUCUGGGCCCGGCCCCGAACGCCGACCUUUCUCCUGCCACCACCUUAGAGGGUUCGGAAACCCAUGGUACUCGCCGUGUCAGCGCCAUCCGCGCAAGACGUGGCAGUGUGGGCGCGCGCCGGUUUUCGGGCCUCGGCAUGAUGCCCCCCUCUGGAGCAGUCGAGGGUUCCAAUUUUGGCACCGAACCCGAAGACGCCGGUGCUCCAGAUUCUGCCGUAGGCGGUGCGAACGGGGUCGGAGAUGGAGGUGAAGCGGGUGGCGGGGUUUCGGUGAAGGAGGCAUCCGGGCAUCUCUACGCCGGGUUUGGCGAGGGGCUCACGACAAAGUCGCCCGUGGUAUACUUCGUGAAGAUGAAGCACACGGGCGCGGACGAGUGCGCGGCGCCCAUCGACCCGUACAAGGUCGACGACGGCGCCCUCACGUUCGGUGUGGUGUCCCACCCGCUCCGGGCGCUGGAGAGCAUGGUGAGGACGGUGUACCGGCCGACGCUGGAGGGGCAGGACAGCAGGCUCUGGGGCAAGGCUACGCCGGACCUGGUGCACGAGUUCAUGGUUGGUUUGGACGGUUUCGUCGACAACCUGCAGCAAACGAUCACGAACCUGGGUGGCGGGUUGGAGCUGAGAAAGCCGGACGCGCUCCACCAGGGUGAAACGGGCGGGGUUAGCGGGGGCGGGGCGGGGGCCAAGGCGGCGGCGAGGGAUCCGGAGGUGGUAUCGCACUACGUGGAGCUGCUGGAGGAGUGGUGCUCCAAGAUACGCUUGUGCUUGGACGACAGCGACCGCGCCAGCUCCGAGAAGGUAAACUCGGGGCCCGACACGGAACUGGACUAUUGGAGACGACGGGCCCAGCGACUCACCAGCAUCACGGAGCAGCUCAAGACCAAAGCUUGCAAGCUGGUCAUCGGUGUGCUGCAGCAGGUGACAAAACAGGCAGAAGACGUCCUGAUCGAUCGGCAGAAGGUCUUCACCUUGGUAAAGCAGUGGCGAAAGAUCGACGUCGACAUCACAGAAGCCGCGAACGAGGCGAAGGACAACGUUAAAUAUCUCGCUACUCUUGAGCGUUUUUUGGAGCCCUUGGCUAGCGGAGACCUCGACCAGAUUCUCGAAAUCCUGCCGGGGCUGAUGAACGCGGUCAAAAUGGUGCACACGAUUGCCAGGUACUUCAACACGACCGCGCGAAUGACAAAACUCUUCAUGAAAAUCACGAACCAGCUCAUCGAGAGUUGCAAAGACGCUAUCAACGGCCAGGAAGCCCCCGAGAAAAUAUGGGACCAGGAUCCCGGACCGUUACUAGAACUUCUAGAGCAGACUCUCAGGCUCAACGAGCGCUACCAGGAGCUGUAUCAGAGCACGAAGGACCGACUUCUGGCCAUGCCGAAGGGAAAGCAGUUCGACUUUAGCGAGGCACAAAUCUUCGGGAGGUUCGACUUGUUCUCAAGACGGGCCAUCAAGCUGAUCGACCUGUUCAGUACAAUCCAGCAGUUCAAGAAAUUGCAGGAGGCCCGCAUCGAAGGAAUGGAGCCGCUUCUCGACGGGUUCAAAACGGCCGUCAUGGUUUUCCGCGUUAAGGGGCACAACCUUCUGGACUACCACAGCAACCGUUUCGACCGAGACUUCGUCGAGUUCAACGUUCGAGUGGGCGAGCUGGAAGAGCAGCUGAGGGUUUUCAUCAACAGGUCGUUCGAAAGCCUGACGUCCAUCGAACAAUCCCUGGCUCUCCUGGAGAAAUACCAAACUGUGUUGCACAGGGAAGCUAUGCGUCACGACCUUAACUCGAAGGUGAUGGUAAUUUUCCACAACUACGGGCAGGAGCUCGCGGCCGUCCAAGAUGCCUACGAGCGCUACAAGAACUUUCCACCCACCGCCCGAAACAUGCCCCCGGUGGCCGGGAACAUCCAUUGGUCGAGGCAUCUCCUGAGGCGCAUAGAGGACCCCAUGGAACGCUUCCACGCUUACCCUGGGGUGCUGCACACGAAGGAUUCUCGGAAGCUGAUCAAGACGUACAACAAGGUUGCGCGCACGCUCGUGGCGUUCGAGUACAUGUGGUACGAGGCUUGGUGCAGAGCCGUCGAAGCGGCCAGGGGCGGGCUCACGGCGACUCUCAUCAUCAGGCACCCCAAGACUGGGCGCCUGUACGUCAACUUCGACCCCGAGAUCCUGCAGCUUAUCAGGGAAGCGAAGUGCCUCGUCCGGAUGGGCGUCAGCAUCCCCGAGGGCGCGAAGAUGGUCCUGCUUCAGGAGGACCGUUUCAAGAACAACUAUAACCACCUCAAGCAUGCCCUGCGGGAGUACGAACGGGUCGUCAAAUCCAUCGCCCCGGUGAUGAGACACCUGUUGAACCCCCACGUGCAGGCCUUGGAGGCGCGCCUGCGGCCGGGCUGGAUGGUGCUAACGUGGACGUCGAUGAACAUCGAGGGGUACCGAGAGUCGGUGCAUGAGGGGCUGAGGAGGCUAGAAGAGCUAAUCGCUAAGGUCAACGAUAUCGUGGAAAAUAGAAUAGAGAAUAACCUCAAGAUUAUCAGCAGAGCCAUGCUGGUUGAUCUACCCGUGGACCGGGCCGUGACGCUGGAGGACUUCGUGUCAAUGCAGGAACAGUGCGUGAGGACCGUCACCGAUAAGCUCGUCGAGAAGAACAGGGAGGUGGAGACGGCUGUGGAGGAUCUCAUCACCGUCGCGGAGGAUAGAGGAGCGUCAUCUACGGGCGAACAAGGGUUGUCUGAGCCGGCAGCGGAGCUGAGGAAGCACUACAAUGGGCUCAUGUACAGAGCCGUGCUGGCCUGCACGAAAACCAGCCUCAACAUAAUCAAGACGAGGGCACAUGCAAAUAGAAACGGCAGCGACACCGGCGAAAAGAGUGUCGCCUUCUUCGAGCUCGACGUCCAGCUCAGCGUCCCCAGCGUAAGCCUCCGUCCCACCCUGGAGGACGUGCAGGCAAGCGUCAACAAGGCCGCGGUGAGCGUAUUGGGGUGCUCCAAGCGCAUGUAUGACUGGGGGGAGGCCGGCGUCGCGGAGUCGGACAGGUUUUCCUUCUUCGAGGCCCUCGGCAGCGACCUGGAGAUCGUCAAGACGCUGCUCCUUCUCACAGGAGCGUCCUACGGCGCGGCUCUUCAGGUGUUUGAGUAUUUGCGUGGGUUCCGCAAGUACGACUGGCUAUGGAAGGAGGACAAAGACGUGCAGUACAAGAGGUUUGUCGCGUCCCACCCGGCCAUUAGUGACUACGAGGCAGAGCUCGCCAAGUUUCUGGACAUCGAGAGCGAGAUCGAGGCGGUCCCCACCUUCCACAACGUUGGGGCUCUGACCCUGAACACCACAAACCUGAAGCUUCAGCUCGGCAGCGAGUCUCGCCAGUGGAAGAUUCAAUAUUCCAACAAGGUACACAAGCAAGCGCGGGACAGCAUGGCGGCUCUAAUGGACUACAUCCGGGUCACGACGACGCGCCUUAACGUGGAGGUGGAUAACCUCGACUCGCUCAGAUAUGUCAUGGUCGUCUUGAAGGAGGUUCGCGAGCGAGAGUCAAGCAUCGAAAUGGAGAUCACGCCCAUCUUGGACAUGUACCAGAUGCUGGAGCACUACCUCCCCGGAGGACUGGUGGACAAGACUUCAGGACAGCGAGACCUGCAAGAGAAAAUCCCUUUCCAUAGGCAAGGUGUGGGACUGCAUCAACCAAGAUUGUGA